ACAUUGCCACGACCAUUAUUUACCAUAGCCAUCCAGCUACUGUUAGCUUUAUCAAAGCAAUUAUUUAUCGCAGUUGUAGCGAUAAUAUGGAGCUAUCCUUUAGUAGACUAUAGCGGAAUUACAUAAUUAACACUGGCAAAGCAUUUAUUCAGUUAAAUUUGGCUUGAGUUAGACAACGUUACCCGAAAGGCAGAAAGUAGCUGUUAGCUGAACCACGUAGGAAAUCGGCUUCUUUUUAGUCAAACUGUUGUAUUAAAAUUUGUCAAACUCAUUCUUUCUACAAAGGAGCUUCCUGGCUUCCCUUUGAACAUGGACAAGUUUGUAGUGCGACUUCCUAAGGGAGACACACAUAAAAAAUCGAAGACAGACGAAAAGGUGUACAAACAGACUACAAUUGAAUCUCUACGGCGAGUGGUUGUUAUUGAGGACAUCAUGCGUUACAAGUCAAUGCUGGAGCUGCCAGAACAGAGCAAAGACAACCUGCUGACUGCCCUGAAAGAGCUGAGUAAGAAGGUCCCUUCCAAGGAGGUGCUCAAGUCCACGAAAAUAGGUCACACUGUCAACAAAAUGCGAAAGCAUCUGGAUCCCGAAGUAAGUUCAAUGGCAGCAAAGGUUUACACGGACUGGAGGACGUUCAUCGAGGAGAAUUCCAAUAAGCCAUCUAUUGAAGUGCGCUCGGACAAACAGUCUGAAGGACUCAGGAGCAACGCUAGAAGGCUCAUGUCUGAAGCACUAGAGGUCAAGGAAGAUUCUGGUCUUAUAGACAACAUCGAGAGGGAAGUGUUUCACCAGAGCUCCCGACUGGUCAGCACUUCAUACAGACGGACUGUUAGAGCACUUGUGUUUGCCUUCAAACACAACCCUGAGCUCAGAACUCAGGUGAAGAGCAGCACAAUAGCAGUCAACAAGCUGGUCUCUAAAUACAAAAAAUAACAUAAUGAUAAACUAUGCAGAGCCAGCUGUAUAUGGAAAAUUGUUUUAAUACAAUUGGAGAAGGAUUUUAUGCACACAUUUUUAAAAAAAAUAUUUGUAUUAUUUUCUUGAUUUUCUGUAAAGGAGUUAAAAAAAAUCUUUUUGUGGCACAUCAGUAGCCUUGCACUGUUUGCAACUGCACAUGAAUGGUUGUAAAGAAUGCUGGAGGUGAUGAUAUUAAUGCUAUUCCUUUUGUAAUAUAAUAAUGUAGGCAUUUUUUCAACAGGUGCAUUGGUUUUUUUGUCUUG